GUCGUGUGCAAGGCCAUGGGCGGGGUGUGGACAGUACAACGAUGGCUACCCUCUAUCCGCCUCAGACUCUGGCUCCCUGAAGUCACAAGGGAGCGAGCUCUCGAAGGCCGGCAAAGUCGCCAUGUACCCCCCGCCGCCGCCGGCGCCUCACCGGGACUUCAUCUCGGUGACGCUGAGUUUGGGCGAGAGCUACGAUAACAACAAGAGCCGGCGGCGGCGCUCGUGCUUGAGGAAAUGGAAGCAGCUGUCGCGGUUACAGCGGAACGUGAUUCUCUUCCUGUUGGCCUUGUUGGUUCUCUGUGCAUUCCUGUCCUAUACCCACAUGGCGGACCGGUGGAAAGUUCUAGGUGGCAGCCCCACAGAAGGGCAGAGGCUGAGGGUGGAAAUGACAGGACAGAAACCAGCAAACCCACCCGUCUUACCAGCUCCUCGGAAGGCAGACACCAACCCAGAGGAUAAGCCCACGAUGUUGCCUCAGAAACCUCGAAAGCAUAUCCGGCGGAGACCCCCCCAUCUGCAGAUCAGAGCCCCCAACAUAGACUCCAAGGAUGGGAUUCAGGGUGAGGCCCAGGAGCAGGUGGCCACCCCAGGGGACACUCACCAGGAAGAAACACCACAGCGCACAGUCAUCAGCUGGCGAGGGGCAGUGAUCGAGCCUGAGCAGGGCACUGAGCACCCUUCAAGAAGAGCAGCCGCCCCCACCAUGCCUUCCGCGCCAGCAGUCAGGAUGCAGAAGGACCCUGGCCCCCAGAAUGCGCGCCAGAAGGGGGUGAUCGAGGCCUUCCUCCACGCAUGGAAGGGGUACCGCAAAUUCUCUUGGGGCCACGACGAGCUGAAGCCGGUGUCCAGGUCCUUCACUGAGUGGUUUGGCCUGGGCCUCACCCUGAUUGAUGCCCUGGAUACCAUGUGGAUUCUGGGUCUGAAAAAAGAAUUUGAAGAAGCUAGGCAGUGGGUGUCAGCGAAGCUGAACUUUGAGAAAGAUGUGGACGUCAACCUGUUUGAGAGCACCAUUCGCCUCCUGGGGGCCCUGCUGAGUACUUACCACCUGUCAGGGGACAGCCUCUUCCUGAGGAAAGCCGAAGACUUUGGAAACCGGCUGAUGCCUGCCUUUGCCACGCCUUCCAAGAUCCCAUACUCAGAUGUGAACAUCGGCACUGGAGUCGCCCAUCCACCCCGCUGGACUUCAGAUAGCACGGUGGCCGAGGUGACAAGCAUUCAGCUGGAGUUCCGGGAGCUUUCUCGUCUCACGGGGAUUAAGAAAUUCCGGGAGGCCGUGGAGAACGUGACGAGGCACAUCCACUCCCUGUCUGGGAAGAAGGAUGGGCUGGUGCCCAUGUUCAUCAACACACACAGCGGUCUCUUCACCCACCCGGGUGUGUUCACCUUGGGCGCCAGGGCUGACAGCUACUAUGAGUACCUGCUGAAGCAGUGGAUCCAGGGCGGGAAGACCGAGACACAGCUGCUGGAGGACUACCUCACGGCCAUCGAGGGGAUCAAAGCGCACUUGCUGCGGCGCUCCGAGCCUGGGAAGUUCAUCUUCGUUGGGGAGCUCGCCCAUGGCCGUUUCAGUGCCAAGAUGGACCACCUGGUGUGCUUCCUGCCAGGGACGCUGGCCCUGGGCGUCCACCACGGCCUGCCUGCCGAGCACAUGGAGCUGGCCCUGGCGCUCAUGGAGACCUGCUACCAGAUGAACCACCAGAUGGAGACAGGGCUGAGCCCAGAGAUCGCCCACUUCAACACCUUCUUCCAGGCUGACCUGAAAGACGUGAUAGUCAAGCCAGCUGACAGGCACAACCUGCUGCGCCCUGAGACUGUAGAGAGCCUGUUCUACCUGUACCGCCUGACGGGGGACCGCAAGUACCAGGACUGGGGCUGGGGGAUCCUGCAGAGCUUCAACAAGUACACUCGGGUCCGCUCGGGUGGCUAUUCUUCCAUCAACAACGUCCAGAGCAUCCACAAGCCAGAUCCCAGAGACAAGAUGGAGAGCUUCUUCCUGGGUGAGACGCUCAAGUACCUCUACCUGCUGUUUUCUGAUGACCCAGACCUGCUCAGCCUGGACCACUAUGUGUUCAACACUGAGGCUCAUCCCCUGCCCAUCUGGAGCGCUGCCUAGGGGAAGCUCCUGGCCUCGGUCUGUUGGGAAGGCCCUUGGGUGUGGAGACGGUGGGCAGCGGCUGAGCAUCCCUGUGUGCCUGCCCUGGCCCGGCUGUUGUCUCUGCCCUUGUCAGCAGGCAUGGGUUCAGGGUUUCCAGACCACAGGAACCUCUGCCUCCUUCAACAACACUCAAAUCACAACUCCUGACCCCUGAACAUUUGUGGCUUAGUGCAGGGAGCCACAAUGGUCCCAUGGUGGCUGUGGGCUGCUCCGGCCUCUUGCAUUCUGAGAGAAGCUGAGAAGCAGCAUGUGGGGCAGCUGGACCAUGGCCAACAGAGCUUAGGGGAGUUCUGACUGAGGGUCAGGCUGCUGUGGCCUGCUGUGGUAUUUACAUGUUGGACUCAGGGAUCCUCCUGGCUGCUCUUCAGGGCCCAGGCUGCCGGGUGGGAAUGGGACUUCCUGACUGAGAUAAGGUCAGCUCGCUCUGCCUGUGACAGUGCCUGGAAAGGAGGCUUCCCUGCAGGCAGGAAGAGGCCUGCGGAGGCCUAUCAUCCUGUCUCACACAUGGGGCUGCUUCCUGCAGCAGGGGAGGACCCUCGCCUUGGGUAGCACCCUGUGGCCAGGGCAGGUGGCACCUGUGCCAUGCCCUGCCUGGAGUGAGGUCUUUGUGCCUUCGUGUGGUCCUUGUCCUGCCUGCUGGGACAGUGUUGUCAUCCUGGGGCUCAUCUGGCUCCCAGGCCAGGGCACCCUUGGGGCAGCGUGGCUCCACUCCUGUGUAGCCCCUGAGCAGCCUGUGGUUGGGGAGGUCGCUUUCCCUGGAAAUGUAGAGCACAGGCAGCACACGGGAGAGCCCUGGAACAGGGCCUCCAGGUCUUUGCGCCACAUAGCCCUCGAGAGCCAGCUCCCAAGGUGGGCAGGACCUGUCUUCUGGCCUGGAUCCAGGUGGCAGCCCUGUUCUCUCCUAGGACAGCAGGUACCCAGGGGCCUCCUCUGAGACUCCUGUCCCCAGUGGUGUUCACGGGGAAGGACCACACGUGUCCUCAGGCCCUUCCCAUGUGGGGUGCUGCUCUCCUAGGCCAGGCGCAUGGGCUUGAGGGUGGGCAGCUGAGGAGCAAACUCCUCCCGUACCCAGCCUCCCUUGCAGGUGUGUUGUGGAGGGCAGAGCUGACUGAGGCCACGGCUCAGCAGCUGUCCUGGGGGCCAGGGACCAACUGAAGAGCUCAUCUGCUGUGCAGUGAGCUAUGCUGGGCACGGUGUAGCUUUGGUGUUCCUUCUGCCCCGUGCAGAGUGCCAUCCCGGGGCGGAAAGGGCAAAUUCUGUCGUCACUCUAAAUACUGAUCUCAGCAUCGAGGAAUCUGUGCUUUAUUAAAUGUUUAUUGGUCUCGG